AUGGUAGGAGGCAGUAAACGAACUGCUGCAGACGCUGGAUUCUCCCCUACGAGUUUGACAUCUGGUCAGACCAUUCGACACAUCAAAAACGUGCCGACGUCGCGGUCGCCUCUCCAUCCUCAGGUGUUAGCUUCCAAUAUGCCGGCAGAAGAGGUCGAAACUGUUACGCAAGGCGAAAAAACAGGUGAGCCUGACGGAGAGUGGCUGGUCGCAGAGUCCAAGUCCUCACGAAAGAAGAGGCGUAAGAUCCACCAGGACCCAGGCGCUCAACCCAGCAUCGCUUUCCUAGAUACGAAGCCUGCUCGUGUACAGCUCAAAGCGCUGCAAGAUCUCGUCCUGUAUGUUUUGGCCGAUGGAGUCGCACCCUCCUGGCUGGCUGUGAGGAAUGUCCGCCAAAUCGAGAAAGUGGUUGUCUUGAUGAUUCCAGGUCUUGACCGACAGCUGCUGGAAAAGUCGGAUAUACUGGCCAAUGUGUCUACGACUGGAUAUACGGAUGGCCAGGCUAUAUCAGCAGAGUCGGCUGAUGCCACAUCUGUCAGUACAUUCCCACGGGACGCUUCGCACUCUCCAGAAACCACUCUCGAUUCGCAACAGGAACUGGCGCGUCGUUUACUCCAACACGUCCUCGAGGUCAAAGCCCCCGGCGAUACGCGAGCGAACAGAGUCCACUCUCCCUUGCAGGGCAUGCUGAUUGCGCCGCUUCCCGAAUCGAAGGAGAAAGGCGGCUCCAAAGACGAAAAGUCGUUCCCGUCCGUCCGGACAUCGAUAGCCACCUUGGUCCACUCGGCCGAGGAGCUUCGCGAUGCAGAAUACCCGAUCCAUCGUGCGGCAUUCACCGACUCGAAGGAUGCACAGCUGGAACAAGACCGUAGAGAGCAGACUUGCCAGUCUACCUCAUCAGGCUGGGUAGAUACGGAUGUCUCGGUCUCAGAGCCGGCCAUCCCUGCAGCAUCUCGAUCCCACGACGCACUUACCGAAGGUCUCAAGCCGUACGCUCUUGACUGCGAGAUGGUCUUGACGGACGACGACAAAUACUCCCUCGCGCGCAUUUCGCUGGUUGACUGGCAUGGCAAAACCGUUCUCGACGAGUAUGUGAAACCAGCGCUGCCGAUCAAAAACUAUUUCACCCAGUACUCGGGCAUUACGCCACGACAUCUUGAGAACGUGAGCACUACUCUUGAAGACAUUCAACGCUCUCUAUUAGGCUUUCUAGGCCCCGACUCCAUCCUGCUCGGGCACUCGCUAGAGUCGGAUUUAAACGCGCUGAAACUAACGCACCCCUUCAUCGUCGACACAAGCAUCAUUUACCCACAUCCACGCGGUCUGCCGCUCCGGUCGUCCCUCAAGUUUUUGGCCAAUAGGUACUUGAAGCGUGAAAUUCAGAAGGAGGGCGCCAAUGGCCACGAUUCGGUGGAAGAUGCCCGCGCAGUGCUUGAUCUCGUGCGUCUCAAGUGCGAAAAGGGCCCGAGAUGGGGCACGCUGGACGCGAAUGGCGAGAGUAUCUUCCGCCGCAUCGGUCGAAGUAUGCGCUCGGACGAUUCUAACAAGACGAGAGAAACGGCCAUCGUCGAAUACGGCACGCCUGAGAGAGGGUUCGGCAGGGACGCCACGUACAAGAUUGCUUGCGCGAGCGACGACGAGAUUGUCCAGGGCGUUUUGCGAGCGGCGCACGGAGACACUCCCGCUCCACCAGAUACACUCUCGGAUUCCCUGAAGCCGGCCGACAGGAUCCCACCCGGUGGCGUCGACUUUAUCUGGUCGCGGCUGCGCGACCUUGAAGCUAUACGGGGCUGGAACAACCCUCCAACCGCAUCAACUACAAAUCAACUUCCAACCGCAUCAACUACAGACCAACUACCCAGCGACACGGCCACCGAUGGCUCGUCGGCCGCCUCGACUUUGGCCUCAGACCUAGACGCCACUGCCGCCCGCACAAUCACGCACCUUCGCACACUCUUUACAUCCCUCCCACCCCGCACGCUGCUCAUCGCGUAUAGUGGCACCGGCGACAUGCGGCCGGUACUGCAGCUUCAGCAGUUGCACGCACAGUACCGGCGAGAGUUCAAGGUGAAGAAAUGGGACGAGUUGAGCGUUCAAUGGACGGACGUCGAGGAGCAGAGGUUGCGCAAUGCCGUCGAGAGGGCGCGGAGGGGCGUCGGCAUCCUUGCACUGAGAUGA